GGCUGGGGCACAGCGAUGGAACCUGCAUCUGAACUCUCUGCCUGGAUUCAGCAGUCCCUGGCAGUGGGCAGGACGGUCACUGGGCCAGGGCUGCUGGCAAUCUUUGAUGGCGGCCAGGGGAGGAGGCUGGAUUUGGUGCUGCCCCAAGUUCAGCACAUCAACUCUGCAAUCCUCCCUCCUUUGGGAGAAGUCAGUUCUAAACAACCACCAAGAUUCCGGGAGAAGUGGGAAACAUCUAGAAAAAUCAGCUGUUGGAAACUCCCAGGAAGCCAAGUCUGUCGGCAGGUUGAGAGGGAAAAUGUGCAGAAGAGGACUUUUACGCGAUGGAUAAACCUACACCUGGAAAAGUGUGAUCCACCUCUAGAAGUUACGGACCUAUUCGUUGAUAUUCAAGAUGGCAAAAUCCUAAUGGCUUUGCUAGAAGUCCUCUCCGGGCGAAAUCUGCUGCAUGAAUACAAAUCCUCAUCACAUCGUAUUUUUCGGUUGAACAACAUAGCAAAAGCACUUAAGUUUCUGGAAGAUAGCAAUGUCAAGCUGGUUAGCAUUGAUGCAGCAGAAAUAGCGGACGGCAACCCCUCUCUGGUUCUCGGGUUGAUAUGGAACAUCAUUCUCUUCUUCCAGAUAAAGGAGCUCACGGGCAAUCUCAGCAGGAGUUCCCCAUCUUCCAGCUUGUCACCUGGCUCGGGGGGCACAGACUCCGACUCCUCCUACCCACCCACCCCCACCACAGAGAGGAGUAUGGCGGUAUCAGUGAAAGACCAGAGGAAGGCCAUCAAGACCCUGCUGGCGUGGGUGCAGCGGAAAACAAGAAAGUAUGGUGUGGCGGUCCAGGACUUUGCGGGCAGCUGGAGGAGUGGGCUGGCUUUCCUGGCUGUCAUCAAAGCCAUUGAUCCCAGCCUGGUGGACAUGAAGCAGGCUCUGGAAGAUUCCACCCGGGAGAAUCUGGAGAAGGCCUUCAGCAUUGCACACGAUACCUUACACAUCCCUAGGCUCCUGGAGCCGGAAGACAUCAUGGUUGACAUGCCGGAUGAGCAGUCCAUCGUGACGUAUGUGGCCCAGUUUCUAGAACGCUUUCCAGAGUUGGAGCCUGAAGAGUUGGUGAAUCCAGACAGAGAAGCUCCCAUCGAGUCCACCUUUGUCCGAAUCAAAGAAAGCCCUUCUGAACAGGAGAGCCGGGUCCUCCUCCUCAGCGAGAAUGGAGAGCGAGCUUACACUGUCAACCAUGAAACCAGCCACCCGCCUCCUGCCAAAGUCUUCGUCUGUGACCAGCCUGAGAGCGCGAAGGGUUUCUGUCUGGGUGUCGUGCCCAGCCACAAGUUGUCGGACAGCGCAACUGAGUUUAUGCACCAGAUUAUUGACGAAGUCCUCCAGGGGAGCCCAGGAAAGACCGGAUCCAGCACCGAGCCAGUUCCAGAAUCUUCCAUCUUAUCAACAAGAAAGGACGGCCGGAGGUCCAACUCUUUGCCGAUCAAGAAAUCCGUCCACUUUGAGGCUGACUUGCACAAGGAUGCCUCAUGUAGCAAAGACCCUUUCUACAGCUCAGACUUCCGCUUUGAGGGGAGCCCAAGGGCGGCAAAGGAUCUGCCGAAGCAGGAUGGUCAUGGCUCAUUGGCUGAGGUUGCCAAGGAAAAGAAGACAGAACAGGAAGCCAGGCCAGUGCCUGAAACUGACUCAGACAGGGGCCCUGAAGACAUUGUUGGUGUGGAUGGUGUGCCCCAUCAUGAUCAGCCUCCUCAGGACCCCUCAUUCUGUAAUGGCAGUGUAGAGACUCAAGCUAGCCAAGGUGAGGAAGGCCCUUCUCUUCCAUCCCCUGCAGAUCAUACUAUCCUGGCCAACUCCACAGAACUCAAGGUUCAGCUGCUGACUGUCGAGCCUAUGGAUAAAGAUGACUAUUUUGAAGGCAUCCCACUGAAGGCUUCCAAGUUUAACAGGGACCUCGCAGAUUUUGCCUCCACCAGCCAGGCUUUUGGUGAGGAUCCCUCACCCCCUGAGAAGACCCCUGGGGAGGAAGAGGUGCUAGAGAAUAACACUGAGAAACCGGGGAAAAGGAAAUCAAAGUCUCCCCACGCAGAGACAGAGUCAACUGAAUCCCAGUCAGAGGCUGACAACUACGAGCCUCCUCCCAAGGGCCCGGAACAAGAAGAUCAAGACCAUCCUUCGCCCCCAGAAGAGACGCCUGCAGAUAAGAAACCCGAAGUAUAUGAAAAGGCCAAGAGAAAGUCCACCCGGCAUCGCAGCGAGGAAGAAGGUGAAGCAGAAGGCCUCUCCGGGGUCGGCGGAGAAGUGCCAUCCAACCCUCCAAGUACCAGCGUCAGCCUGGAAACCCUGAGGAGUCACAGUGAAGAAGGGCUGGAUUUCAAGCCUUCUCCACCACUCUCGAAGAUCUCCGUCAUCCCCCAUGACCUGUUCUAUUACCCGCACUAUGAGGUGCCCCUGGCUGCAGUACUGGAGGCUUAUGCGGAAGAUGGGGAGGAUUUGAAAGGCGAAGAUCUAGGGGAGCCAGACGAGGGCUAUCUCCAGGACUCCAGGGAGGAGGAGGAGGCCCACAGCUCCCAAAGCAGCUGCAGCUUCUCCUCGCCUGUUGACAACGGCCACCCCAGCACCGGUGACCAGGCGUCCCAUGUUGAUGGGACUUCUGAGGGGCCCACAUCAACCUCAAGACCUGGUUCUCCACCCUCUUAUGAGGACCAACAACAGAGGGAAACCAAAGAGAAUGGCCCCAUGGAGAGCCAGCAGGUACUUGAGGUUUGGGAACUAAGAGCUUCUCCCUCUCCCCAAGAAGCCCCAAACCCGGAACUCCCUGAAAAGCCAUUAGAAGAAAAGUCAAUGGAAGCCUCAACUAGCAGUAAAAAGAAAGAAAAAAGGAAACAUGUGGACCAAGUAGAGAGCUCAUUAUUUAUAGCCCCUGGGACUGUCCGCUCCUCAGACGACCUUGAAGAAAACCCCUGUGAACACAAGGUCCCUUCCAGGAAUAGCCACAGUGACUCCAGCAUUUACAUUCGGCGACAUGCUAAUAGGUCUUUGGAAUUGGACCAUUUUAGCUAUGUUCAAUUGAGGAACGCAGCCGAUCUGGAUGAGCGGAGAAACAGAGUGUUAAACAGGACUGGCACCAACUCCUCUGGAGAAGCCGUGCCCCUGGGGAGCCAGAGCCCACCCAACGACUCCCUGACACAGUUCGUACAGCAGCCCGACGUGGUCUAUUUCAUUCUUUUCCUGUGGCUCCUGGUCUACUGCUUGCUGCUCUUCCCCCAACUUGAUGUCAGCCGACUCUGAAACGUGUGUCUGGAGAAUAAAAAGACAGGACCCUAACCCGGGUGGAAUUUGCCUCCUGCAUCUUAACUGUCUGUUCGGGGUCGAGCCCCUUCUACAGAGAUGGAAGACCUCAGAGGGAGCACAGGCCCCACCUCCUGUUGCUGUCUGGUUCAGUCUCUGCUCAGUUUCCCCUUGGUUCUCUACGACCUGAGAGCAUGCUUCCCUCCCUGACUGUGUGCUCCGAGCUCAGGUUGGAAACUAGGUCUGUGAACAGGAUUCUUCCUAAUGUGCCUUGUUUGAUCGAUGCGCGUCCUUACUAAUGUGUACCCCAAACCUGGGGCAUAGCGUGUGAACAUGUAGGUGUCCAAGCUCCUGGAGGAGCUUGAGUUACUUACUUUUAUCUCAGGGGAGGGUCUGCCUGAUUUCAAGAAAGAACAGAGUCCAUACUAGGAAGGAAGGUACCCUGUUCUCCGCGUGUGAGUAUUUGAGUGACGAUGCCAUGGCUCCCUUGAACCUCUCCUAGCCUGACGACCUGUUGUGUUCACUGGCACACACCUGCCUGCUCCCCAGAAAUUACACCUGGGCAUUGGCAGACUCCAAAGAAGAGGGUUCUCUGCCAGCUUGGUUGUGAGCCACGGCACAGUCUUUCACCUUGGUGUUCUUGGAGGGUUGUGUGUUUAAUUCACUUUUGCAUUGAUUGGAUUGAGGAGGAGCUGUGCUUUGCAAUCCUUCUCCACCAGUAGGACCUCCCAUCAGAUGAAGGAGGAGAAGGAAUCAGUCUAGAUUUGCAUUAAAAGCAAGAUUCUGGCUGUCUCGGAUAGCCCUGAGACUUCCUCCCAUCCUGCGGAGUUUUCUGUACAGAAUAUGAAGUCCUUCUGGGGCUGCAUGCAGGGCCCCAGAGUGCAGGAAGGGCCGGGGUCAGAAUAAGCUCCCUUGGUGGAGCUGGAAGAGUUUCUGCAGGUUUCUGGACUCAGGAUGCACACCUUGGCACCCGCAUCCUUCGUAGUCAGCCAUAACGGAGACCUUGAAAAGACUUUGUGGGAAGAACCAGGGUGUAUAGGCCAGGGCAGGCAGCUUGUGAAAGGAGUGGCUUCUUCCCUCACCCCCUUUUGUCCUCAGCCCCCGCCCCAGCAUCCUCUUGUCCUCUUCUCUGUGCAAAGGCUCAGGUCUGGGAAGAUUCGAGGUCCCUCCUACCUUUGUCAUCUCUCUCUAAAAGCACACACUACACAGCCCUUAUAAAAUUGUAAACUGAGCCGGACAGUGGUGGCACACACUUUUAAUCCCAGCACUUGGGAGGCGGAGGCAGGUAGAUCUCUGAGUUUGAGGCCAGCCAGGGCUAUGCAGACAAACCCUGUCUCGAAAAACCAGAAAGAAAAAAGUAAAUAAAAACCAUAAGCUGUUAGUCAGGAGGAGGCCUCAGGGAACAUUUUAUUUAGCUGAACUCAAAGAAGCAAAGCAGGCUGCCCGAGGUCACACAGCCCACCAGAAGCAGACUGGCUGUGAGCGCACAGGCCACAUGAGCCUCAAUCUAGAACUGUCUUUUUUUUUUUUUU